AUGUCACCAGAGACCUCUACAACCAACGAUCACACCGACCGUGUUGAGAACGCAGAACUGUAUUCGCCAUUAGACCAAAUUCCAGAGACCGAUUCAAAGGCAACGAACGAGCUCUGGGGGGUUAUUACGGGGAAUAUUUCCACAAUGUCCACUGGAGGGAACAAAAAAGUCGGGCGAACGAGACGCGAUGGAACCAUGGCCAGAUCCACGGCCAGCGGUACAAGCUCAUCCAUUUUGCGAUCGACCACGGCGUCUGAAGCGGCUGAAUCCGAAAUCACGCUUGGCAGCACUUGGACACAUUCAAGGACUAUUACUCCUCGCAGCUCGAGAUUUGCCGAAUUAGUUUUGAAUCCUCGCCGAAUUUUCGUUAAUUAUACCAACGCUAUCGUUCCAACACCAUUCGUUCAUUUCGGCACCAGGAAACCAGAAGAAGGAUACAAGGCACUUCCUAACCUGGGAAGCGCAAACAUCUGGAUUGAUAUGGAAGACAGCAACGUGAGCAAGCUUGCCGCCGAAUAUAAAGAGAUGAGAGGGUACAAUCUCUGCGAGACCGAGUUCGCGUCUCUUGCAAUGGAUUUCCUUCUGCGACGGGAAUGGAGGUCGUCCGGGACACAGGAGGAUCGAUUGUGGCGUGCCGACCGAAUGUUGGAAUUGGUGUCUCCUCCGAAAGAAAGUGCUCACUGGCGCAAACCCCCGAUACUGAAUGAUGGCAUGCUCGAUCACGUUGAAUGGACCUGGGACGUCCGACCAGACUGCAGUUACUGGCUGUCUCUGAAGGGCUUUAGCCCUGUAUAUCGAUUUCAAAUCCAAAACUGUACGUUUGUUCGGGAUUGGAUAACCUGCCCGUAUUUCAGCGUCGAGUUUAAGAGAGACGGUGAAUCUGAAGACGUUGCAGUUGCACGGGUCACCGCGGCUGCUUCUCUAGCGCUUUUUAAUCGCUAUCGUUUGCACUCUGAGGCAAAAAAAGCAAAACCAACUGUUUGCAGUGACUCGACAACCAUACGGCAUUAUAGCUUAACAUUCGUUGGGCCAAAGUUCGUGUUCUGGGUUCUUCAGCCCGAUAUUGCUGACGGUAAAUGGAAUGGUUGCACUAUGAAGAGGCUCGUAGGUGCGGAUGCAUCGGAUGAGUAUGGUGUCGGGCAACUUAUCGACUGGAUCAACGAAAUCCAUCGCUGGGGAUUGUCAAUACAUGCGGGCAGUUGCCAAAGAGACAUCAAAGCCAUUCUUAAUGUUGGCGGUGUGCGAACUUCUGAUAUUCAUUCCACGGGACUGGAAUUAGAUCAAUCCACUGGCGGGUAG